GGUAGUUUUAGUUUAGCUGCCCAGAGGAUUGUCGAUUAACGGUGAUUUGCAUCCACUGCUUCGAAGCUCAUUAUCUGAACCACCUCCUAAUUUGCACAGUGUCACAAUCGCGUGGGCAGGAUGGAUGAUGAGUUCGAUCACUAUACUUUUCUGGGUUUGCCAUCUGGUGAAGAAGGAGCCAAUCUUUCAGAGAAAGAGAUUACAAAAGCUUAUAGAAAGAAGGCUUUGGAAUUACACCCGGACAAGAGGCCAGAUGACCGCAAUGCAAACGCCGACUUCCAUCAGCUCCAUGCUUCAUACGCUAUUCUCAAGGAUGAAAAAGCUAGGAAAUUAUUUGACGAUCUCAUGCGUGUUAAACGUAAGAAGGCUCUCCACCAAUCACAGCAGGGCUCCAAGCGACGGAAGAUGAUGUCUGAUCUUGAUGAAAGAGAGAAGGCUGCUUUUGCUCCUGACCCUGUAACAAAAGCUCAGGAGGAAGAAGAGCGAAUUACUAGGAAACUCCAUGAAGAGAUUUCUAGAAUUCGUGCCCAACAUGCCAAUAAAGUUGCAUCAACGAAUCCACGGAGAACGGAGAAUGCAGCAGUUGGCGGAAGGGAGAGUAAAGGUGGUGGUGGUAGCGGUUUGGACAAGGAGAAGGUGCUUAAGGUGUAUUGGGAGAAGAUUGGUGAGGAUUAUAGUGCUCAACGACUGAAGGAGUUGUUUGAGCAGUUUGGUGAGGUUGAAGAUGUAGUGAUCAAGAGUUCCAAGAAAAGAGGCUCUGCACUUGUUGUGAUGGCGUCUAAAGAUGCAGCUGUUGCUGCUACCGGUAGUGUGUGUGGAGAUCUCUCAAGUCCUUUACUGGUCCUGCCUCUUGAUCCAGCCAAAACUACUGCUUUUUCAAGCCCCCUUAAACACGCAGAACCUGAGGGUCCAAAGCUGAGUAAUCUUGUGGGUGCUGGGCACCAAUUAUUUGAAGACUCAGUAUUGAAGAAAAUGAUGCAAAAAGCUGCAGAGAAGCAAAAAUAGCAUGGGAAGUUUCCCAAAAUCUGACAUUAUAACUGCAGCACACAGCUUUGAAAUUUCCCGGUCUUGACUAGCGGUGACUAUCCAAUCAAAUCCCGUUACAUGUCAUGUUUCAUUUUUGUUAUGGUUGGUUCCAUUUUUUCAUGUCCUUGCCCACCCAAAUAGGGCAGUUUGUUUCCUUUGCGAGGGCAAAAGCUUGAGUGGUUUUCUUUCUUUGGUUGUUUUUAUUUGUAAGUUGUAGAUUAAUAAACAGUUCGUUUGUAGUCUAAUAUCAAUUGUUCAUGAAAUGCAGGACUGUUGUAGAAUUGUCUUCACGGAGGAAUAGUGUAGAACAUAGAUUUCGACAGGAUUCAAUCGCUGCAGACUUAGUUGUUGUAGUCCCAAGUACGGGAGAGAGCAUUUGUUCCUUGGCUUGAAUUACUAUAUUUUUACCUAUGAAUCCAAUAAUCAGUAAAGGACUGCACUUUGUAGUGCUUAGCGGAGGGCUGUAUUGAGUUCUAUUAAAGUAGCUGUUUGAAUCUGUCCAUUUAUGAUAACGUCUAACGGAUGAGUUGAAGUGUGGCA